AUGACUGAUGAACAAGCUCUUCUUGCUUUCAAUUCUGCAAUCACAUAUGAUCCCACCAACACAAUCAUGGGUAGUAACUGGACAAGAGGAGCCAACUUCUGUGACUGGGUUGGGGUCACUUGUAGCAAACGGAGGCAAAGAGUCACGGCUCUGCAAUUUUCGAAUAUCGGACUUGAAGGUACAAUAUCCCCUUAUGUUGGAAACCUAUCCUUCCUGGUUUCGCUUAUUCUUUCUAACAACAGUUUUCAUGGCCAAAUUCCAUAUGAGCUGGGUCGUUUGAGUAGGCUCAAAACACUUAUAUUACAAGUUAACCGAUUCGAAGGAUUGAUACCUCCGAGUUUACAUAACUGCUUUAAGCUUGAAUUAGUUUCCCUAGGAAUAAACAUGUUAAGUGGUGGCAUACCAGAGGAGUUGGGCACAUUGAAAAACCUCCAUCACCUCUAUCUAAGUGGAAACAAUUUUAAUGGCACCAUUCCAGUUUCGAUUGGAAAUAUGUCGGCGUUGGAGACCUUUAUUUUGCUGGAGAACAGAUUUACAGGUUCUUUUCCAUCCUUCAUGUUUAACAUCUCCUCUAUCAAUUAUUUUACUCUCGAAAACAAUAGCUUCUCUGGCUAUCUUCCAAUUGAUAUUUGUCUCCACUGGCCUAGACUUGAGGCACUAUACCUUGCUGCCAAUCAAUUUAUAGGCCAAAUUCCAUCUACUUUACGCCGUUGCACAGGAUUAACGAUGUUGGAUCUCUCCAGCAACAAAUUGAAUGGGAGUGUGCCGGCAGAACUCGGGACUCUCCAGAAGCUCGAGAAGCUUUAUCUGACAAGUAAUGACUUGACUGGUACAAUUCCAACUUCUUUGGGAAACAUUUCUAGCCUAGUAAAGUUUUCAUUGGCUAGAAACAAUAUUCAUGGAGGUAUUCCUGAUGAGUUUGGGAAAUUGACAAGUUUAGAUACUCUGAAUUUACAGCACAAUCACCUCACUAGGCCCAUACCUCACUCGGUUUUCAAUAUUUCCUCUCUCAGAAUUAUUGCAAUUCUAAACAAUAGCAUCUCGGGAGAUCUUCCGCUUGACACAGGGCUUCAUCUUCCGAAUCUUGAACAAAUGUUUUUUGGGCACAAUCGAAUUGGUGGGAGCAUUCCUGCUUAUUUAUCAAACUCAUCGAAACUGUUUCUACUGGACAUGGCCGGCAACAUGUUCACUGGACCAAUACCUUCAAGUCUCGGAAAUUUACCUCGUCUUCGCUUCCUUGGUUUAGAAGACAACAGACUGACCGGAGACCCCGAAUUUGAGGAAUUGAGGUUUCUUACUGCACUAACAAAUUGUCGGUUCCUCGAAAAGCUGAGCAUGGACAAUAAUCAUCUUGGUGGUGUCCUACCAUAUUCCAUUGGUAAUUUUUCAAAUUCUCUGCAAAUGAUUACUGCUUUCGGAAACCAAAUAAAUGGUCAAAUUCCAGAAUCAAUCGGUGCAUUAAGAAGCUUGAAUUUAUUGGUGUUGGGAGAUAACAACCUCAACGGAACUAUUCCGCCAACUAUUGGUGAUUUGAGAAACUUGCAGAGAUUGUUUCUCUAUAACAACCAGAUUGGAGGUUCUAUCCCUGAAGAAAUUUGUAAUCUAAGAAAUCUGGGAGAAUUGAAACUCCAAGAUAAUAGGCUCACUGGACCUAUUCCACAUUGCAUUGGAUCACUUAAUCGUCUUCAACAGCUAUAUCUCACCAAUAACUCAUUGACUUCAUCAAUUCCUGCAGGUUUGUGGAGCCUUGAAAAUCUCAUUUUCAUGGAUUUAUCACAAAAUUCCUUAGUUGGGAACCUAUCUUCAGAAAUGAAAAUGUCGAAAGUCAUGGAAAAAAUGGAUAUUUCUCAGAACCAAAUCACCGGUAAAAUCCCAGCUAUUCUCGGGGACUUCGAAAGCUUAAGUUUCCUUGAUCUGUCUCAUUGCAUGAGACUAUUCCUGAGUCACUUGGUGACUUACAAUCAUUGGAGUUCUUGGAUCUUUCCUACAAUAAUCUAUCCGGUCUUAUUCCCAAGUCACUCGAGUCACUCAAUCUUCUCAAACAUUUGA